ACCGCCUCCUGCCUCUGGCCCCGCCCCACAGCCCUGGACACAGUACACACAGCCUGGAGCUUCAGCUCCAAGGGAAACAAAAGCUGGAUUCUCACGGCUAUGACCAGCACCUUCAUACCGGGGCUGAACCCUAAGAACCCUCAUUAUAUCCCAGGGUACACUGGACACUGCCCACUACUUCGGUUCAGCAUGGGCCAGACCUAUGGGCAGAUGACCGGUCAGCUACUUCGAGGAUCUCCUGGCCUAGCCUGGCCCCCUGCCCAUCGCACACUUCUGCCUCCCAUCCGGCCUCCGGCAUCUCCUGAAGUUCCCAGGGGAAGCCUGCCUGUCAGGCGUGGGCAUGAAAGACUCAGCUCCAGCAUGAUCCCUGGGUAUACAGGUUUUGUGCCCCAGGCACAGUUCAUCUUUGCCAAGAACUGCAGCAGGGUCUGGGCUGAGGCUCUAAAUGAUUUCACUCAGUGGUCUGGGGGACAAGUCAGUCAAGAGCUGCCAAAGGAGGCCGAGGGUAAAAAAGACACCAAGAAAGACCAAGAGCCAAAGCCUGAGUCAGAGCUGGAGGCAGAGAAGGAGCCAGAGCUGCAGCAAGAGGCGGAACAAGCUUCCCCCUAUUCCAUGGAUGACAAAGAUCCUCGCAAGUUCUUCAUGCCAGGCUUCACUGGUUACGUGCCCCGUGCCCGCUUCCUCUUCGGCUCCAGCUUUCCUGUGCUCACCAACCGGGCGCUGCAGGAAUUUGGACAGAUGUAUUCAGGGGGCAGACCCCAGAAGGAUCCCAAACCUCUCCCUCCACUUUCUAGGACCUACCCUCAGAACCUGGGCCUUUUACCUAAUUAUGGAGGCUAUGUACCAGGGUAUAAGUUCCAGUAAUUCGGGCACACAUAUGGGCAUCUCACCCAUGAUGCACUGGGCCUCACCACCCUCCAGAAGCAGCUCCUGGUGUAGGUACCUGGACUUCAAGGUCUUUCUUCUCUGUCUUCCUAUCCCAGUCAUCCUUUUGGAAGGAAGAGAAGUGGGCCCGAGGGUGGGGGGAGGCACAAAGAGAAAUGGUUUGGAGGCCGAGCACCUUUUUUAUUAAUAGGUGUAAUAAAUAAAUAAAUAAAUACAUAAACAGAA